AUGAACACAAACAAGGUGGUUCAAAAAACAAAACAAGCAGCCACACAUUCCCCUCCUAUUAUUACUCAACACAACCAACAAGAAAUGAUCAAGACUUCUUUUCACAAUCAUCUGCCCUCUGUAACUCCUCACAGUUAUGAUAUUUCUCAAUCACCUCCACCUCCAUCAUCAGCAUCAAUACAUGCUUCAGGGAUGCACCUUGCUUCUCUUUCUCGCUAUGAUACAUCUUCCGUGCCAGCAUCAUCAUCAUUCGACAGAACCACUCAACAAUACAAUUAUCAUCAUGCUGCACAACAACAACAGUCAUAUGACAUGACCAUGCAACAACAAUAUCAGAGGGAACAUGUAAAUUUGCAUCAGCACAGAUAUCAUCCUUAUCAGCAGCGAAACCCCAUUAGUCCACCUUCUCCACCACGUAAUGCACACAGAGGCGGAUUGGAACUCCAUAAUUGUAAUACUGAUGCUAGUGGCAGUAGUAAUGGUGGUACUAGUAGUGGUACAGCACCAAUGCAUGUGUAUUCGAAUCCUCCUUCACAUUAUCAUCACCAUGUAAAUAAUCAGAAUUUUCGAGCAUCUCCAACAAGUAAUAAGAAAAGUCCAAUUUCGAGUGAACAGUAUGAUACAUGUUAUGGUCAAUCACAUGAUGUACACUCAACAGCUCAACAACCACUUGUAUCAAACAAUAGAAAGAAAAUUCCAAACCGAUCUUCAUAUGAAACACAUGUAUUUAUGAAUGCUCCUUCCAUAAUAGCAACUUCAAAUUCAACAACACAACCAACACCUCAAAAGAGAAAGAAUGUCAUUUCCAAACAAGAAAUGAUUAAAGUGUUACAUCUUCCUCAAACACAGGCUAGUUCAAUACUUGGAUGUAGUUUGUCAACACUUAAAAGAAGAUUUUAUGAACUGAAAGAAGAAUUAGGUAAGUUUUGA